UUGAGGUCCGCCUGGCUGCCGGUGGACUUGACGUUGCCCUCAUCCAGGAGCCGUGGAUACUCGGCAACAAAAUCUGCGGGCUUGGGGUGAAGGGCUUUAAGCUAAUUGCCGCACAAAAUGCAGCUAAGUGACGGCGAUUUGGUAGCGGCAAGCAUAGAACUGGAUAAAACCAGCUUCUGGGUAGCCUCUGCCUACAUGGCCCAUGACAAGGACGCACCACCAGAGGAGGUUCGGACGUUAGUCAAGGAAGCAGCCUAUAAGAAAAAACAACUGGUUGUCUCCUGCGACGCUAAUGCUCACAAUUCGAUGUGGGGGAGUACGGACACGAACGCUAGAGGUGAGUCGAUACUAGACUUCAUUCUAGGAAAUAAACUUAGUGUCUUGAAUUUAGGCUCAGAGCCGACCUUUAUAACAAAGAGUAGAGAGGAAGUUUUGGACAUAACCCUGACUUCGGACUC